AUGGGGUGUGUAGCAUCAAAACUAGAGGAAGAAGAAGAAGUGGUGUCCAUGUGUAGAGAGAGAAAGAAGCAGUUAAAGUUAGCAGUGGAUAAAAGAUAUGAACUUGCUGAGGCACAUUGCAAGUACUUUCAUUCUCUCUAUGCUGUUGCUGCUUCCAUUAAACUCUUUGUUGCACGCCAUUCUUCUCCUUCUUCACCUUUCCUCAUAACUUUCCCUCCUUCUUCUCCUUCUCCUCCUACUCCUCCUCCUCCUUCUCAGAAUGUGAUAACCAACCCCAUGUUCCUUCAACAGACUCCAUCAGAGACAAAGCAUGUUGAAGCCAUUGCUGCUUCACCACCUUGUGGCUCAUGCAAUACUUCUUCUUGUUCUGAGGAAGAGAGGGAGGACAAGGUUGAAGAAGAAGAAGCUCAAUGUAAGAGAGAACAAGUGCAAGAUGAACAACAGCAGCAACAACAAGAACAAGAACAAGAACAGCAGCCAUGUGAGUACUACUACAUGCACAUGCCUAUGCCUAUGUCUAUGCCUAUGGCAGCUUCAAUGCCAUCACCACAGAGGGAUUUUGGGUGGGAUUUCUUCAACCCUUUUGAUGUUAUGAGAACCAAUGAGGUUAUCAGUGGAUACCGGGGGAACUCAGAUGAUGAUUUGAGGGUGGUGAGGGAGGAGGAAGGGAUUCCAGAGUUAGAAGAAGAAGUACUAGAAAGAGAAGAAGAGGAGGUUGUUGAUGUGAACAAGGUGGUGGUGAAUGUUUUUGAAGAGAAGAAGAAUAAGAAAAAGAAGAAGAGGAAUAGUGCACGUGAGGAGCACGUGGUGAGUGAGAGUGUGAAGGGUGUGGAUGAAGGUGAGCAGAGAGGGCUUGCUGUUCUUGAGACAGAAGGUGAAGGGAGAGAACUUCUUGAGGCUUUGAAGGACAUUGAAGAUCAUUUUGUGAGGGCUUAUGAUUCUGGAAAGGAUCUAACAAAGAUGCUUGAGGCUAAUAGGAUUCCACUUCAUUCUAGUUUGGAUGAAAUAAAAGAAAGUUCAACCAAACUUAUUCAGGCAAUAACAUGGAAGUCCAUGUCAUCUAGGCCAUCCUCAUGCAAGAGUCUUGUGGUUUCGGAUACGAAAAAUUCAUCAACUUGGGUGGAAUAUAAGAAUGAUCUCUUUGAUGAUUAUGGUGGAAUGGAUUCAGGAAGUCAUUUAUUAACCUUAGGAAGGUUAUAUGAAUGGGAAAAGAAGUUGUUUGAGGAGGUUAAGGCUGGAGAUAGCAUCAGGAAAAAUUAUGAGAAAAAGUGUGCACAGUUGAGAAACAAAAAUGUUAAGGGAGAUGAUGAAACUAGUAUGGACAAAACGAAAGCUGCUGCGAAAGAUCUAUAUGCUGGUAUCUUGGUUGCAAUACAUCGUGCAGAAUCAAUCUCAAAAAGAAUUCAGAAAAUGAGAGAUGAAGAGUUACAGCCUCAAAUUGUUGAACUAUUGAAAGGUUUGACACAAUCGUGGAAAGUUAUGUUGGAAUCCCAUGAAACUCAGAAGAUGAUUCUUUCUGAAGUAAAGUCUUUCACAUGUCCCACAUUCGGGAAAUUCUGCAAUCAAUCUCACCGGUUGGCGACUCUUCAGCUCGAAACACAGCUUCAAAACUGGCGAAUGUGUUUUAGAGAGUACACUACUGCUCAAAAGGCAUAUGUUGAAGCUCUUCACAGUUGGCUGAGCAAGUUUAUAGUCCCAGAAGUCGAAUUCUACUCGAGAAGCAAAGAUGUACCCAUGCCAUAUCAUCAAGCCAAUGGGCCACCACUACUUGUGAUAUGCAGCAAUUGGUUAAAUUCCCUGCAAAAGUUACCCGACAAAAUGGUAUCGCUUGCAUUGAAAAGCGUGGCGAAGGAUGUGAGAGCUCUUUGGCAUCAGCAGGGUGAAGAGUUGCAGCAGAAAAGGAAAGUAGAUAGCCUAGCAAAAGACUUGGAAAGAAGGUCGUUAAGUUUGCAUAAAGAUUCAAAGAUGAAGUUGCUUGAGUUGCAAGUAAUGGACCCGAAACCAGAGGCGGGAAGUAAUCAUGAUCAAGAUCAAGAAGAAAGCUUGAUGGAGAAGAAUGAUGAUCAGUUGGAGACACUGAGAAGAAAACUGGAGGUAGAGAAAGAGAAGCAUCAAAGUUGCAUGCAAGAAACACAAAGGAUAACACUACGUGGAUUGCAAUCUGGAUUCUCUUUGGUGUUUGAAUCCCUAACCGAGUUCUCCAAAGCAUCACAGAGAAUGUACAAUGAGCUUGUUGCUUGCAGUGAAAAUGGUGACAAGGUUGGGAACAUUGGGUAUAUAGAGGGUGAUGGCUGCAAUGCUGAAAAUUGCAACAAAAAUGGACAAUAA